GUUUACUGUACUGUACUGUACUGCAUAUUACCCUCUAUAAAUUAUUUGUUUGUCAUCUGAACAUCACCUUAAAUAUUAUUCAUUCUUUUGUAUUUUUUUAAGGGAGAUAUUUGAAAAAAUGAAGAUGAUAUAUGAAAAGGAUUUCAAGAAUUACCCACUUGCUUAUGACUCAGAAAGGAAUGCAUACAGUGUGGGUGUCAUCCCUGCUCUUCAAACUCCUGAUUGCCAGAGUACUUAUGAGAUUGACCUUGAGGAAUCAGAUGGCAAGAGGACACAAUACAAAAUGUCACUAAUGGUGAGACAUCGUGCCAACCUCCAGGAACUUACGGAGGCACUUAACUGCUCUGCUCAUGAACAGAAGACACUUCCAUUAAACAUAUUUCAGAUGGUUGAAGUAAUGUUUCGUCAUUAUCGGGCCAUUAAGUAUGAAUUGGUUGGUCGUCGUAACUUCUACUCAGCAGGAGGAGAGUUUGGAACGCCAUAUCCAAUUGGAUGUGGCAAGGAAGGUGUGACUGGUUUUUUUGGGUCGAUGAGGCCUGCAUCUUGGAAGGAUGGAUCUCUCUUACUGAAUAUUGAUGUUGCACACACAGCAUUCUAUAAAGAACAACCUCUUCUGAACUUUAUUCAAGACUUCAUGAAUUUUAGGGAAGAUGAUUUUCAUAGACCAUUAGAGCCAUUUAAACGAUCAAAACUUUUGCAAGAACUAAGAAAUAUUAGGGUAAGUGCAGUCUUAUGUAUAUUAGAAGCAAAUACGGUGGUCCCUUGGUUAACGAACACAAUUCGUUCCAGAGGGUCAUUCGUCAACCGAAAAUUUCGUUAACCGAAUCCAUUGUUUCAAUGGGAUAUUGG